AUGGUGGUUCCUCCCCCCUUCACAGAAGGGGAUCCAGCCCUGUCAUCCCCUGGCAUCCCAGAGCUGCAUCAGGAUGAAUCUCAGGUGGUGGAGGAGCUGUCUGCCCUUGGCAAGCACAGUGUGAGUUGGGAGAGGCCCCGAGGCCCGGGCUGCGGGCUCCAGAACACAGGCAACAGCUGCUACCUGAACGCAGCCCUUCAAUGCUUGACACACACACCACCUCUUGCAGACUACAUGCUGUCCCGGCAGCACUCUCAGACCUGUUGUUCCCAGGAGGGCUGUAAGAUGUGUGCUAUGGAAGCUCACGUGACCCAGAGUCUCCUCCACUCCCACACGGGGAAUGUCAUGAAGCCCUCCCAGAUGUUGACCUCUGCCUUCCACAAGCAGAAGCAGGAAGAUGCCCACGAGUUUCUCAUGUUCACCUUGAAUACCAUGCAUGAAUCUUGCCUGCGAGGGUCCAAGAAAUGGCAAGCCACCUGCGAAGACAGUUCCCCGAUCCUUGACAUUUUUGGAGGCUGCUGGAGGUCUCAGAUCAAGUGUCUCCACUGCCAGGGUACCUCAGAUUCCUAUGAUUGCUUCCUAGACAUCCCCCUGGAUAUCAGCUCUGUUCAGAGUGUGAAGCAAGCCUUGGGGGAUACAGUGGGGGCAGAAGAGCUGCGUGGGGAGAACGCUUACUACUGUGGUAGGUGUAGAGAGAAGAUGCCAGCUUCCAAGACCCUGAAGGUUUAUAGUGCCCCCAAGGUCCUCCUGCUGGUGUUGAAUCGCUUCUCGGCUUUCACGGGUAACAAGCUGGACAGAAAAGUAAGCUACCCGGAGUUCCUUGACCUACAGCCAUACCUGUCUCAGCCUAUUGGAAGAUCCUUGCCUUAUGCCCUCUAUGGCAUCCUAGUCCAUGAGGGUUUGACUUCUCACAGUGGACAUUACUUGUGCUAUGUCAAAGCCGGCCACGGGACAUGGUAUAAGAUGGAUGAUUCCAAGGUCACCAGGUGCGAUGUGACUUCUGUCCUGAGUGUUCCCGCCUAUGUGCUCUUCUAUGUGCAGCAGACUGACCUCCAAAAGGUCAAUGUGGGCAGGGCCAUGGGCAGAGUGCAUGAGGUCCUUGACCCCGAACUCCAGCUGAAGAAAUCCCAGAAGAGAAAGAACAAGAAGAGAAGAAGCCCUUGCCAAGUAGCAGAGGCAGCAGGAGAGCGGCCCUGUGGACAAAGGGAGACUACAGCAAGCCAAGAAACCUCCUUACUGGAGGGGAAAGUGCUUCAGGAACAGAACCAACAGAAAGCUGGGCAGAAAUGCAGGAAUGUGACACUGGAUCUUCAGGAAGAGAACCACUGGAAAGCUGGGCAGAAUCUCGGGAAUAUGGAACGGGUGCUUCAGGAACAGAACCACAGGAAAGAUGGGCAGAAAUUCGGCAAUAGAGAACUCUUGCUUCAGGGAGAGGACCACCAGAAUGCUGGGCAGAACCUCAGGAAUACACAACGGGAUCUGCCAGCCAAUGCAAUUGGCAUUCUACAGCCUAGAUACACAGCAAACUGGGGCAGGAAUGCUCCAGACAAGGAGAAUCAACCUUGCCACAAGGCUGACAGGCUCCUCACCUCACAGGGCCCCAACAAUACUGGGCAGCUCUGUAUUCAGGGAGAGAGACCAAGUUCUAAGAAGGGUAAGAACAACAAGAAGAAGAAGAACAAGAACAAGCUUCUUGAGUAG